UCUAAUCUAUCAUCUCAGAAAAUAUUUCUCAUGAGAUGGGUAUCACUAGUGGGUUGGUUAGAAGCGUCUUCUCAAAGAACCGUGACAACAAUGUAAGGAGCAAUAUGGCUGAAAAGAGAAGAUGGAAGAACUCAGUUAGAUCAUACCUAUGUGGGGAUGAACAUAAAUCAGUCCUAUCAGAGGAAGAUUCUGCUUCGCAUGCGGAAACUUCACCCACACCACUCAAUUCAGUCCUUGCGGAGAAGGAUUCGGGUUCGGUUAUGAGCUUUGAAGGCAUAAUUCCAGAGCUAAAUUCAGUUCUUGAAGAUGAGGAAUCUGGUUCAGUUAAGAGCUCUGAGGCCACAGUUACACAACCAAUAGAAGAUGAGUAUUAUUAUUUACUACAAGUGCAAAAGCUUCACCACUUAGCCUCCAAAGACAUGAUGAGAGAGGAACAAGCGGCAAUAAUCAUACAGUCAGCAUUUAGAGGCUUUCUGGCUAGGCGUAAAAGUGAAGCAAUUAAGUGGAAGGGUGGUGAAAAUGAAAGUCCGAGUAGAGAGUCUCAUGGAACAUCAAUGGAAGUUCAAACAGGAAAUUCAGUGGAAGAUUUCUCUGCUCUAGAAGAAAGAACUGCCGUUCAACGCCGGGCACAACAGAAAGUCAGAACUCUGGUUAUAAAGGAAGACUGGGAUGAUAGCACAGUUAGCAGCAACAUAACCAAAAUGAGGAUACAGAACAGACUAGAGGCAUCCACCAGGCGCGAGAGAGCACUAGCAUAUGCCUUUUCACAACAGCUAAGACUCUGUUCGAAGAAAAGAGAGGCAAAAUUGAAUGACAAAGAACCCAACAUGGGUUGGAGCUGGCUGGAACGAUGGAUGGCGACGCGCUUCCCAGAAACAGCCCCGGUUGAAAGCCGCACAAGUAAGCCAGUGGAGCUAAUUUACAGGAACCAAAGAUUCAAAACCGGCAAAACAUUUUUCGAAAUAGCAGGGGAAGAAAAAGAGAGCUGUGGAUCAAAUGAAGUGUCUGUCUCAUUUGAUGGCAUCUCAGUAGCAAAUUGGAAAGAUGGUUCCAAGCCUACUAGAAAUAGGAAGACUAUUACGAUAAGAAAUGUAUCAAAGCGAAAGACAGUUCCAAGCAAUCACUGCCCAAAAGAUUAUACCAACACCAAGGUAAAAAAAGAAGGAACAUUCAAGGAGGACACUAGAGAUAAAAGGCACCAAGCAGAAAAGUCAGCAGUUGACAAUCAUGAGUGAAUAUCCUUCAAUCUAUAAGUUAUUGAUCUCCUCCAAAUUGGGAAAUAAGUAGAGUCUUGCCACACUUGUAAUGUUUCUGUUGUGUGAACUUUCUACCAUGAUACUGAACUCCCUUGUAGAGUGUUAUGAAUCCAAGUAAUUAUUUUAUUUAAAGUAAUCACUCAGCACUAGCCAGGAGCGCCAACUUGAAUUGCUAGGUAGCUGAACCCAUGUCAAAAAUAA